GUCUAUGUCCCCACCGUGUUUGAGAAGUACACAGCCUCCCUCCAGGUUGCUGGCAAACCUGUGAAGAUCCACCUCUGGGACACUGCAGGACAGGAAGACUAUGACCGGCUUCGCCCAUUAUCCUACUCAGAUGCCAACGUUGUCCUCAUCUGCUUCGAUGUCACCGACCCCAGCAGCUACGACAACGUCCUAACAAAGUGGUACCCGGAGGUGAACCACUUCUGCAAGGGCACCCCGGUGCUGCUGGUGGGCUGCAAGACCGACCUGCGGCGGGACCGUGCGGUGCUGCGCAAGCUGCAGGAGAGACGCCUGGAGCCCGUGUCCUACCAUCAGGGAGAGGCCAUGGCCCGGCAGGUCCACGCUGUGUCCUACCUGGAGUGCUCAGCCAGGUACCAGGAGAACGUUGGUGGCAUCUUCACAGAAGCCUGCAGUGCUGCCCUCAGC